AUCGAGAAACUGUGUACAUGGAGAUGGAGGAGCCAGACCAAGAACUAAUACAGACCAGUCAAGAAGCUGAGACUGUGUACUCAGAAGAUCAGGAGAGCAAUGACCCAGCCGAGAUGGAGAACGAGCCAGACGAAGACGAGGAGGACACAGAGGAGGCAUCCGUGGAGAUGCUCAAGAACAGCGAAAAGAGAGAGAUGCUCCAGAACAUCACAAAGAGAAAGAAUCAGUGGAAAUUACAGGCAACAAAACGCCUGAAGAUGCAAGCAAAUGCAAGGAGGAAAAUGAUAGAAGGGAAAACUUACACCCCCUUCUCGAAACAAGAGGCCCUCAAAGCUACAGAGACAGCGUCGAGGAUCAGACCCUACAAGGCCCCAGCGUGGCAGUCAAGGCAAUGCGGUCAGUGUGGGCCAUGCAAGGUUGUCGACGACUGUAGAAAGUGUGGUUUCUGUCUGGACAGGAAGAGGUUCGGUGGCCGGAAGGAACUGAGACAGAAGUGUCGGUUGAAACAAUGCAUCCGAUUGGCCAGCAUUCCUCCUCCCGCUGUUGAUGUCAGCUUAGUGGAUCACUUUUUCUACAUCAAGAGACCUGAGAUAGACCCUGAAACAGAGGAGAAAGAGAACAAAGGAGCAGAGGACAUGGAGAGACAAUCAGAGAGCAUUGAGAAACAGAAAGAACCAGAGAACCAGCCGAGCAAAGAGGAACGCAAGUGCAAGCAAUCCCAGCAGAAGCCCACCAACGAUAAACCCAAAUCCAAGCAUUUUCUGCGAUCACGCACGGGGGCUUCCAAGGGUGAAACUUCAGUUGCCAAACCAAAAACAACAGAGGAAACAACCAAAGCGAAGGAAACAACCAAAACGAAGGAAACAACCGGCAGGAAGGCCUUGUCAAUUGCUGCUAAGGUCAAAAUUAUCCAAGAAUUUGAGAACAGGCGAACUGGCAGAGUUUUGAAAAGGAAGGUAGAUAUUGCUAGGAAAUGGGGAAUUACGCCAAAAAGACUGGCUUUUAUCUUGGAAAAGAAGGGAACGUUGAUGGAGCAGUUCCAACACCAAUGUGACGCUUGGGAGGAAAGAAAACGAACGAGGAAGGCGACGAUUGCUGAGGUCGAACAGGCUGUCCUGAUGUGGUGUAAGGCUGCAAGUGCCAUGAAUAUUCCCUUGUCAGGGCCGCUCGUUCAGGAAAAGGCAAGAGCCCUGUCCAAGAAGAUGGGCCGUCCCGACUACCCAUGCAAUGAUGGAUGGUGGGAUUGUUUCAAGAUACAACACAGCAUCACCUUUCUUGCCAUUGCCGCCCAAGUAAGAGAAAUGGUGACAGAUCGGUCGGAAACCGGCUUAAAUCAAGUCCUGGAAGGGUACGAACCAUGGGACAUAUUUAAUGCGGAUGAGACGGGCAUUUUGUACCGCCGCCUUCCUGACCGCUCGCUCACAUGCAAGGGGAAGACCUGCAAUGGCGGUGAGGGAAGUGAAGAACGCUUGACUGCCAUGGUGUGUGCCAACAUGGACGGAAGCGAGAAACUGCCCCUGCUUGUCAUUGGCAAGUCAAAGAAGCCACAGUGUUUGGCUAACGUGAAGUCGCUACCAAUGCAGUAUGAGGCAAACAAAACAGCAUGGAUGACGCCUGACAUCUUCGAAGCAUGGGCUCAUAAUAUCGACAAACUAUACCAAAAGAAAAACCGAAAGAUCGCCAUAAUUGUCGACAUCUGUCCUGCACAUCCCCGCAUCACUGAUUUCAAGAGUAUCAAUCUGGUCUUCCGUCCCACUAUCACGACAGCCAAACUCCAGCCCAUGAAACAGGGUGUCAUUCAAAACCUGAAAACACACUACCGCCGCCAACUCAUCACAUCAUUCCUUGCAGCAGUGGACAAAAAGGAGGAGUACAACCCCACCGUGUUGGAUGCUAUGUUUCUCCUCCAAAAAGCCUGGAAAAUGGUAAAGGAAAGUACCAUCUCUCACGGCUUUAAACUUGCUGGCUUUCAUAACAAGAAAGCCACUGCCCAGAACACCGAAACAGCUGAGCCUGACGCUGACAUCAACUCCGCCACUCAAGACAAGGACCUCUUUGAUCAACUUAGAGAUGCCGGGAUGGAUAUUCCGAGGAAAGUAACACUCAAAUCUUACGCCGCAGUUGAUGCAAACGUGCGAUGUACCAUGGAGCUCAAUGACGACGCCAUCUUAGAUGCUGUAUUGGCAGAAGCUAAUGAUGUUGAGGAUGACGAUGAACCCCCAGUACCCCCCUGCCCGGCUGUCUCUAUUGCAAAGGCCACGCGAUACCUGGACAAGUUGCGAAACUUUGCGCUUCAGAGUGAACACACUGAGGGCAUGUUCAGUGCAAUCUGUGACAUCGAAGAAGUCAUUGGUCUCGUUCGAAAAGGCGAGGCAACACGGAAAAGGAACACAGACGUUCUCUAGCACUAAAGAGCUGUGACCCUGGCAUUUAUUCCUCAACAAAGGCCUUUUUGAAGGCCACAUGGCACCCUGUGAGAUUGUGUAGCCAAAUCUCAUUCGGAUUGAAAAAGGGAAGAUGGGAAGAUGAGAAGAUGACAUUUGAGUGGUUUAUUGCUGUUCAUCUAUAAAGCAGACACGUUUAUGAAACCUGAAACCUGAGUAAAACGAUGAUUUGUGACUUUAAAAAAAGUCUUCUCUAACGUAUUUUUGGCUUACUUCUCUAUGGGGGAACUUCCGAGGACUUUGCCUUGUUAAUACAAACCAGGUUUACUAUUUUGAACAGCCUCGGCAAUCACGAUAAAGAGGCAGCAUCACGCGAUUUAAUUUGGCUUUGCCAUCAACCGUACCAUACUCAUUUGCAAAUAACAGUCGAUCACUAUUUUUUUACAAUAAUUUUUGUUUGAGUGGGCCCAAAAUUCGGGCGUAUUUAUCAGGAAAAAAAAUUGAUAUUCCAAUGGAUUUCCAAAGAAUAAAAAGAGAUAAUUUGGCUUAAA